AUGCGACAACAGAUCAGAGACGAUGCCAGUACGUCCGGCGGUAUCUUGGUCAUCGACACUGAGACUUCCGAAAUCCUCAUUCCCCUACUGAAGCGCGAUUUCAGACCCCGACCUCUGAUACCAGACCAACCUAAAUAUCUCCAACGAUGCACCGAUGACCUUUAUGACUGGCAGAGUGGAGAACGCUCUGCCCAAAAGCCAUUCGUACUACAUGAUGGUCCGCCAUACGCAAAUGGAAGUUUGCAUAUUGGCCAUGCGCUCAACAAGAUCUUGAAGGAUAUCAUUUGCCGGGUCAAGGUACAAGACGCUGGAAUUUCGCUGAUUGCGAAUAUCGCAGGCCAAAGAAUCGUCUACGUACCUGGCUGGGAUUGCCAUGGCUUGCCAAUUGAGAUCAAAGCACUCGAAAGACAGCGAACAAAAAACGGCGAAGAUGUGAACUUAGAUGCUGUCAAAGUGCGCUCCGUAGCAAGAGAGCUUGCGGCAAAUGCGGUCGAAGAGCAAAAAAAAGGGUUCCGACAGUGGGGAAUAAUGGCAGAUUGGGAUCGAGCAUGGAAGACUAUGGACAAAUCAUUCGAGAUUAAACAGCUUCGAAUCUUCCAGGAAAUGGCCAAGAAGGGUUUGGUAUUCAGACGGUAUAAGCCGGUGUAUUGGUCACCGUCUUCGAAAACAGCAUUGGCAGAGGCGGAGUUGGAAUACAAGGACGACCAUUUGUCACAUGCAGCCUAUGUUGCGUUUCCAAUAAUGAGUCUGCCAGAAAGACUGCAAACAAAAUUUGGAGGAUUGAAGAACCUUCAUGCUAUUAUUUGGACAACGACGCCUUGGACGUUGCCCGCGAAUCGAGCGAUUGCAGUGCAUGACGAUCUGCUGUACACUAUCAUCAAGAGUCGUUCUAAUCAUUAUCUUGUUGCCGAGAACCGUCUCUCUCACGUGGAAACGACGUGUUUCCCUGAUCAAAGCACUGACGUUAUCGUCGACUCAGUGUUAGGGAGCGACUUGAAAGGUAUCCAGUACCACAACCUACUUCGAGGAAAGGCAUCGGUCCCUCAGCCAGUCAUCCACGCAGAUUUCGUAUCUGCUGAGUCUGGCUCUGGGCUGGUACAUCUGGCCCCGGGACAUGGUAUGGAUGACUAUGAAGUCUGUACUCGAUUAGGAAUCGAAGCCGCAGCUCCUGUAAAUGAUUCGGGUUGCUUUACAGAUUCGGCUUUUCCUGAUGAUCCCUCGGUAUUGGCUGGAAGGUCGGUCUUAUCCGAUGGUGGUGAAGAGGUGCUCAAAAUCCUUGGAGACAAAGUACUUGCUAUUUAUAAAUACAAGCACAAGUAUCCCUACGAUUGGAGAACCAAGCUUCCCACGAUUGUAAGAGCAACUGAACAAUGGUUUGCCGAUGUUGGAACGGUCAAAGAUGGUGCCCAGCAAUCCCUAGGGGAUGUGAAAUUCAUUCCAGAAACCGGAAGAUCUAGACUUGAGAGCUUUAUCCGGAGUCGCAGUGAGUGGUGUAUGUCGCGCCAACGUGCUUGGGGCGUUCCCAUUCCAGCACUUUACGAUGAAAAUGGCAUCGCUGUACUUACUGACGAGAGUGUUGCUCACAUCAUCUCUACAAUCGAGGAUCGAGGAAUCGAUGCUUGGUGGACAGACUCGUUAUCUGAGCCAGCAUGGGUUGCCGCCGGUCUCAAAGGGUCAUAUACACGUGGUAAAGAUACUAUGGAUGUAUGGUUCGAUAGCGGUACAAGUUGGACUCAGACACAAGGGCAGGCUGAUGUCUAUCUCGAGGGUUCUGACCAACAUCGAGGAUGGUUUCAAUCUAGUCUUCUGACCUAUGCAAGCGCUUCUGGCCAUUCACACGCACCAUUCAAGACUUUGAUCACUCAUGGAUUUACAUUGGAUCAGAAAGGAAAGAAAAUGUCAAAAUCCAUUGGGAACGUAAUUGCACCAAGUCAAAUUAUGGAUGGCUCAUUACUUCCAGCAGUCAAGAUCAAAAAGAAGUCAAGCGGCCCUAUAUCUCAAGCACUUGGAGCAGAUGCUCUACGCCUCUGGGCCGCAAGCUGCGACUACACAAGAGACGUCGUAGUUGGCGAGCCAGUCCUCAAAUUCAAUCACACCGCCCUUUUAAAAUACCGCAUGAUAAUCAAAAUGCUCCUAGGAUCAAUGCACGAAAGCGCUCGCUCAGUUCCCCUCACUAAACUCGACGAAAUUGCUCUCUACCAACUGAAAGCCGUAAUGAUAGAAGUCAAAACCGCCUACGACAACUACGAAUUCUACAAAGGAGUCACGGCAAUCAAUAAAUGGAUCAACACCGAUCUAUCCGCCUUUUAUCUAGAAGCUAUGAAAGAUAGAUUGUACUGUGGAGAUGGUGGUGGAGUUUUAGAAGAUAUCUUCCUAGGUCUCAUGAAAAUGCUUGCGCCAAUAACGCCGAAUCUCGUCGAAGAAGCAUGGGCUCAUCGUCCGGAGUGGCUUGCUACUCAGCAACGUGAGAACCAUCCCGCGUGUCGUCCAUUCUUCGACGCCCCGUAUCGAGUUUCUGCGUCGGAUGCAGAAAUGGAAUCGAACAUCCACUUUAUUAGGGCAGUAAACACAGCGGUUAAACUCGCCCAAGAAGAAGCCCGAGCCCAGAAGCUCGUCGGGUCAUCACUUGAAUGCUCGGUCAUUCUAGCACUUACCCCUGAAAUGUAUUCUGUCUACGAGAAACUAGCAGACGAAUUAGCCACUAUGUUCGUCGUUUCUUCCGUCGACGCCUCUGAGAUCUCACAAGAGUCGGACACGAAAUGGAAGUUUCAGGCCAAUGUGGCUGGUGAUACGUUUGGUGUUUCGAAGGUUUGGGUUGUUCCUGCUAAAGACGCCAAAUGUCCCAGAUGUUGGAGAUUUGUUGCACCUGUUGAUGAAUUGUGUGCGCGGUGCGAGGAGGUUGUAAAUGUAUCAUAA